AAAGUUCGGUGCAAAAAGCCAGGCGUUAACGUUGCCGUUGCAAUAAACAUUAUAUUUUCCCUUAAAUCAGCAAAGGGCUGACCUGAAACAUUCAAAGAACUUGUGAUCUAAGCAGUCGCCAUGCACAGGACCAAACUGAAGAAAAACAAGGUGACACUGGAAGGGCAGAAGGACAUCUCAGCCUUCUUUUCCACCCAGAAACAGAAGGAUUUGUUACCUUCCACAAAAUUACCCAUAACUACCUUUGCACCUGCCAAGGUUGAACCUCAGAUCAAAGGUGGUGGAAGUUUAACAUGUAGACUGCUUGCCUGUUCCCCAAUGAAGAGGCACAUACUUGGAGACCUUGAAAACCUGCCCUCCUCCUCAGACCUCCUGUCUGUGCCUGAGACUCCCACCAGUCAAAUCCAGCUCAUUUCACAGAGAGACCAAAGUCUGUCUAGCCCUCAGCCCAUUCGAGAGUUGGUCAGUCUGGAGAAGCUCAUCCAGAGAUCCCCCGUCUGUCAAAGGUCUUGCUCCAAAGGGAAGAUGAUGCAAAGAAUGUCAUCUGUGGAUGGAGGAGCAGGACCUCAGAGCUCCCUGAAAAGACUUUUUAGCCCUCCUGAGUUGUCAGUUAAUGCCAAAAGGCAAAGAACGUCCAGCACAGAAACCCAAAAAACUGCUGUCAGCACCGCAUGUACCAGCCAAGACCUAACCAGGCCUGCUAAUGGCAGUGUGAAGGACACUUGUGUUUCCAGUGACACCAGCCAAGCAAAGGGUCAUUCUGAGAGAAUAGAAGAUCAGAGUUUCGGACAAAACAAACUAACUGAUAUUAAUGAUGAGAGAAAGUCCAUUUCACACCAUUCUUUGGGGCAACAUGAUAAGCACCAAGAGAGAUCUGAGGAAGAUGACAGAUCUGUAUUUACUGCAAUAGUGGAGCAUAAGGUGACUGAGGAGGAAACUAACAGAAAGCCAAACACUCUUCUGGAUGCAGAUGGUCGCAUGCAUAAACCUAGUUCACAACCAACCAGACAGAGUGCAAAAGGCCACGAGGUUGACCUUGUGAUGAAAGGCUUAACGAAAUCGGACACAACCUCAUCAGAGGGAGACUGUGUUGGCAUGAUGUCUUUGGAUCAAGAGAAAGUGCAAGCUGAAGAAAACCCAGGAGCUGUGCUGGCAGCAUUUCCUGUAGACGACUUGGAUGAGAAUUGGUUUGUGGAGCAUAAGAACUUUAGUGUGGACUUUGUCAAAGAGGACAAAUGCAGCAAAGAUCGUAAAGUUCCAGAUCAAGUGAUCCUUUCUGGGGGCUUGAAUAACCGCUACUGGGUUUUAGAUGUGGAAGAGAAACCUGGCCUCAAAAUACUGAGCAUUACAUGCUCCCGAUUUCUGCAUCCAACUGAGAUGUGUCUCCUGAAAGACGGGUGGGAGACAACACCAGUGAGCUGCAGGGAUGUGGUGCAUCUGGAGGGUCAGUGUGAUGGUGGUUCCUGGUUAAUUGACAAAGACCAAGGCUUCCUGGUUUUAUUUCCUGACUGCCUCGUCUCAGGUACCAGCAUCUCUAGCUCCAUCCGCUGCAUGAGACGUGCUGUGCUGGGUGAUAUGUUCAAGGGUAUUGAUGGUGGCUCGAAGCAGAUGCUGAACGGCACCAUGGUCCAUGGAGUGUUUCAGAGGGCUGCUAUGGUGAAAGAUUUCUCUUUGGAGACAUUGUCAGCUCUUGGGGAUCAGGCCCUGCGCAGCCCGCAGUACCUUGAAGACAUGUGCAGUUUGGGAGUGAGUCAGGAAGAGAUGAAGCAAGAAUUAUAUGAGUAUCUGCCAUCACUUCAGCAGUGGGCGAACGAAUAUCUCACCUCCCCAACGCCGAAAGCUGUCACCUUCAACAUUCCCAGCACCAGUGGAGCUCCAAGCAGGUGGCAGGAUUCCUCAACAGCUGUUGCCACGAUUACAGAGUUGGCAGACAUUGAAGAGAAUAUAUGGGCACCGCGCUUUGGUCUGAAAGGAAAAAUUGAUGUGACGGCACGAGUUCAAAUCCAGAAACCACGAAGCACUAUCCACAACAUCAUGGAGGAGAGGAAUGUCCCCCUUGAGCUAAAGACUGGAAGAGAAUCAAACUCUAUAGAACAUCGGAGCCAAGUGUUUCUGUACAUGCUGAUGAGUUUGGAGCGAUAUAAUCCUGAAGCUGGCUUCCUGCUUUACCUCAAGACUGGAAACCUACAUCCUGUGGUGGCCUCACAUGUAGACUACAGAGAGCUCCUGAAGCUGAGGAACACUUUGGUUUAUCAUAUUAACAAGAGUGUGGAGAAGGAGGCCGGGCAGAGCUUUUUAGCUCCUCUUCCUGACAUACUGACCAACAGACAGACCUGUCAGUAUUGUCCUCAGAAGAGAAAUUGUGCUUUGUAUCAGAGGGCACUGGAUCAGGGAUCUCCAGAUGUCUCUGAGGAUAUUGUGCAUGAUUUCCUGCUGCAGGAGACAGGUCACCUGACCUCAGCACAUUUGAAAUAUUUUUCUCACUGGCUGCUGCUCUGCUGCCUGGAGGCUGCUACUAUGGAGGCCAAGAACAACCGAAAACGUGUGUGGCUUCAGACAGCUGAGGAGUGUGAGAAGAAUGGGAGCUGUAUUGGGAAUCUGCAGCUCAGUGGUCCAGUUAUCGUCCAGUCUGACUGGGUUUUCCUCCACUGCUUCCAGCGCAACAGUAUGGCACUGCAGCAGAAUUUGUCAAACAUCGGUCUGGCCAGCGGCGAUCGCGUUGUUGUUAGCGAUCUCAAAGGACGUCUGGUUGGUCUGGCAGCUGGCUACCUGUGUGAAGUUAGCACAACGUCUGUCAGAUGUACAUUGGACAAAGACCUGUCUAAGUUCAGCAACGUGUUGUUCCGGCUGGACAGUGAUGAAGGGGUGGUGGCCCUCAGCACUCAUCUUAACAAUAUCUCAAAACUGAUGAUAAACUCUCAGGACAGUGAACGUUUAAGGGAGCUGGUUGUUAAUCUUCGGCCUCCAGAGUUUAUCUCCAACCUCAGUUCUGUUUUACCCAGAGAGGCCAAAGAAACUGUGGCCAACAUCCUCAAAGGUCUCAACAAGCCCCAGAAGCAAGCUAUGAAGAAGGUGUUAUUAUCCAAAGACUAUACAUUGAUUGUUGGUAUGCCUGGCACAGGAAAAACUACAACCAUUUGCACCCUGGUUCGGAUCCUGCAUGCGUGUGGGUUCAGUGUCCUGCUGACCAGUUACACCCACUCGGCUGUUGACAACAUCCUGUUGAAGCUCAAGCGUUUUCGUGUUGGGUUUCUGCGUUUGGGUCGGGGCCAAAAGGUGCAUCCAGACAUCCUGCCAUACACAGAGGAAAGUGCGAGGAAACGAGGCAUUCACACUCUGUCAGAACUGGAACAACUUUAUAAGCAGGAGCUGGUGGUUGGAACCACCUGCAUGGGCAUCAAGCAUCCCAUAUUCUCACGUCGCAGGUUUGAUUUCUGCAUUGUGGAUGAAGCAUCACAGAUUUGCCAACCUGUGUGUCUGGGACCCUUGUUCUAUGGCAAGAAAUUUGUCCUGGUUGGAGAUCACCAGCAACUGCCACCAAUAGUACAAAAUCAGGAAGCUCGGUCACGAGGAAUGGACGAAAGCCUGUUCAAGCGACUGGAAUGCCAUAGUGAUGCAGUGGUCCGCCUCAAUGUGCAGUACCGGAUGAACAAGCAAAUAAUGUCUCUCAGUAACUCUCUGAUGUAUGAUGGCCGGCUGGAGUGUGGUUCAGAGAGAACGGCCUCAGCCCUGCUCAGCCUGCCUUUCCUGCUUUCUGUCCAAUCAGAACUCAAUUCCUACGUUAAGACUCACCUCGAGCAGGAUCUGGCCUGGAUAAGGGAAACUUUGUUGCCUUGCAACCCUGUUUGCUUCCUGGACUGCUCAAUGGUGCCGGCGCUGGAGUCUGUGGAGCAGGGGGGCAUAAGUAAUAAUACUGAAGCUGUGCUGAUACACUUGCUGCUUUCACUGCUGAUAAAGGCAGGCUGUAAGCCCGGCGAUGUGGGAGUCAUCGCCCCCUACAGGCAGCAGUUAAAGUGCAUCUCUGCUCAGCUGCAGUCCUCUGCUUUCAGCGGAGUGGAGGUGAACACCGUAGACAAAUACCAAGGACGGGACAAGAACCUCAUUGUGUUUUCUUUUGUCAGGAGCACUGCAGAGGAAGGAAAUCUGGGAGAGCUGCUGAAGGACUGGCGGCGCCUGAAUGUGGCGAUAACCAGAGCAAAACACAAGCUUCUAAUGGUGGGCUCCGCUUCUACACUACGACGCUAUGCACCCGUGGAGAAACUACUCACUCAUCUCCAGCAAGAGAACAUGAUAAUCCAACUACCUCCAGCUGCCCACAACGUUUUGCCCAGCAUGCGCCUGUAGCAGGAUGGUAGUCAAGUGGCUCUACAAAGGCUGUGAUCACUUAUGAGGCACCACUUUUUUAUUUAUAUUUUGUACAUCCAGUGCAAGAUGUCUAUCAAACCUCUAAUGAAAAAUGCUCACCGAUGUUCUGUUGAUUUUUAAAUGGUUGAUUCACUGUCAUUACAAGAUGGUUUUCCCCAGUUAAAUAUCGGGAAAUUGGUUUUAUUUAAUGGCCCAGACUUUUUUUUCUAAAGUCAGCUGGUUCUCAUUCAGAGGUGUCGCACAGUGUUGUACCAUUAACAAACCUCAUUCUUUAAUUCAUUUUUGUCAACUGGUCCUGCUGAUUGUGUUUGUGUCAUCAUAUACAGUUAAUUGUAACAAAUGAUUACAAUUUGCUUUUCCCAUUUAAACAGUCUGGUUUUGUAGGUCUCGUUGACAUAACUACAUUUCUUAGUGUACGAGGGCUGUCCGUAAAGUAUAGGUCCUUUUUAUUUUUUUCAAAAACUAUAUGGAUUUCAUUCAUAUGUUUUUACGUCAGACAUGCUUGAAC